AUGACAUCCGCCUCUACAAAUCAUCAUAUUGAUGAGUGUGAUAAUGUUAAAAAUGCUAAGAAUGAAAAACAGAUAGCGCAUGAAUUUAUAAAUACUAGUACAGAGGAAUAUUCUGUUGAUAUGGGUUCUCCAUCAUUAUCAUCAUCAUCGUCUGCUGGUGUUACUGCGGCUGCUGCUGUUUAUACUCUGAGUAAAUCUCGUAAAAGACGACAUCCAACUACGGAUGUAAUAUUCAAUGAUGAUAUAGAAGCCGGUGAUAAUAAUAUUGCUCACCAUGUUACUAAUAAUCAUAAUAAUGUCGAUUAUUGUACUGAACAAAAUGAUGAUAUGCUACAGGUUGAGAAUAAUAAUAAUAGUAAUAAUAAUACAAUAAAACAAGAGAUGAAUGGUAUCACAUCGGAGAUAAUAAAUCCUCAAGAAUUUCCUCCGCUUAGUAAACAACCGAAACGAUCGUCUCCAUCAUCAUCACAAGUGUUGCCAACAUGUUCGACUUCAAAUACAAUUCAUAAUAAUAAUAAUAAUAAUAGUGUUGAACAAGUCUCUAAAAUUCACGAAAAUGAUGAUAAGACUAUCAAGGAGAUGCCUAAGAAAACUGUAGGAUAUCAAGAUAAUAAUAAUAGUAAAAGUGGUGAAUCACAGUCGUCGACCAGUGAUAGAAUUCAACCAAGGAUACCACAAUACUUGUUACCCUUUAAUCAAAUCGACUUACAAUUGCGUGUUGGUCAGAAUUGGGUUAAUCGAGCCUGUGAACGUAGUCAAUUAGAAUGUUUAGAUGAUAGAAGUUUCCGUAUUCUAACAGCAAUUGAAUCAGUUGCUGAAUUACGUCCAAUAGGCGUAAACAAUACGGACGAUGAUGAUGAUGAUGAUGACAGUGAUUCAGAUACAGAUUCAAGUAGUAACAACAGCAGUUCUAGUGAUUCAAACUAUAACAACACCGCCGCCGCCGCCACCACCAACAACAACAACAGCAACCGCGCCAACGAUGAUGAUGACGAUGGCGACAACAAUAAUCACGUUAAUGAUAAUUCUUGCAAUGCUUUUGAAUUUAUUCAAUCUGCUGUAGUUAUGCUUGAUGAUCAUUUUAAUCUUCCAGUGAACAGACGAGGGACGACGACGACGACAAGGAGAAGGAGGAGCAGAAGAAGAAGAACACGAAGAAGAAAUUACGAUGAUGAUGAUAAUAAUAAUACUAACAAUAAUAAUAGUAAUAUAGAACAAAGUGAAGAAACAUUAGCUACUAGAGAUCGUGAAGAAGGCUCAGGUGAACAUAGUUCAUCAGAUGGUGAUGAUGACAAUAAUAAUAAUAGUAAUAGUAAUAAUAUUGCAUCAAGAAUAUCCAGCUUUUUAGCUAAUGAAUUUAAUUGCUCCUCAGAUUCAGAGAGUACCUUCUCGUCAUCAUCCUCAUCGUCGUCAAGCCCGUCAACAUCAAAUCGUUCAUCACUAUCCAGUAGUAUGCUUACUGGUGUAUCACUUUUAAGGCGAAAAUUCUCAUAA